AUGCUGUCACCCCAGCUGGUUCAUAUCCUUGCUGUAGCAGUUGCUUUGUUGGGAGCAGGCCAUGCAGAUAAAAUUUGUGAAGAUCUCCAAGGCCCUCCUGGAAAAAAUGGAUUUCCUGGCCCUCAAGGACCAAGGGGAAAACCAGGUGACAGAGGAGUUGCUGGUCCACCAGGUUUGCCUGCAAGUCAGGAUCCUCAGUUACAAAGCGGCCUCAAAGAACUCCGACACAGAAUCACCAGAAUGGAAAGAGCUUUGACCUUGGAUGGAAAGAUGGCAAUUGCUGGUGAUAAGCUGUUUGCCUCUACUGGGAAGACAUCUGUGUUUGAGGAAGCAGGAGCAACGUGCCAAGCAGCUCAUGGUUCCAUUGCUUCACCAAGAAACCUAAAUGAGAACAAAGCUAUUCAGAGAAUUGUGGAACAAUAUGGUAUUUAUGCCUAUCUGGGCAUUACUGAAAGUGAUGAUCCUGGGAAAUUCCAUUUCCAGAAUGGGGAUUCUCUGAAUUUUAUCAACUGGUAUCAGGGUGAACCUUCAGGCAAAGGAUCUGAGAAAUGUGUAGAAAUGUACAGUGAUGGCACUUGGAAUGACAAAACAUGCGAUAAAUAUCGCCUCACUGUCUGUGAAUUUUAAGCCCAACCCCAUCACAAACCUUACGCA